AUGCCAAUCACUCUUGCGCAACGGGAACUUGUCGUCAAGAAAAUGGACGAGCAAUUUGCCAGUGAUUUGAAAAUGCGAAAAGAAGCGUUGGAUAUUGGCAAGAAGUCGACUUUCUUGUAUGGAAACUUGAAGGACUACAAAUCAUUCGGAACCUACGUUAACGAUAUGACCUACCAGGCUCGAGCAAACACAAAAGCAAUCGAAGGAAUGGGUUUGAAAAUUGUUAACCAUUUAUUGUGA